ACUUUAUAGAGAAUGAUAUUAUUGUUGAUGAUGAUGAUGAUGAUGCAAGGGGAGAACACGGAUGACAGUGAGACACCAGCUGAUACUUUAAGUAGCAGUAUUCAUACCGGUACUUUGUAAAGCUCUUUGUUUUGCGAUAACCAUGCUUCUAAUAAUAUUGUUGUUGCAAUAAAUGUCACCUAGAUAGAGAUACGAACUAAUGAAGUAAUGUAGUCUAUUGUAAGGCCAGAAAAGACUACUAGAGAUUUUUCAUAAAUAUCACAGCAAUUGAAAAUUCAUAAAACUAUCGCAAUAACACUAUCCAGUUGUGAAGGAGCUGCUCGUAAGGUCUCUCCUGAUUAGUUGCAGAAAACAAUGACAUGCCAUUCUUUCAAUUGUUUCAGUCAUUUGUUUGUGGUCUGGGCCAGGCACCACUGGUGACGUCUCUUCCGAUUACCAUAGUAUUAGCCCUCUUGUUUGUUAUACUACAAGUAGAUUUCUUGCCUGUAAAUAAGACAUUAUCCCUUGCAAUUCAUCAUUUUAUUUUGCAGCAAGUUAUUAACUGGGUAUUGACUCAAUAACACUAAUGGGACACUUAUUCUGGGCAGUGCAUGGAGAUAACCAAAGCUGGGUCCAACUGCAUGAUCAAUACAUGAUUUUGAGGAAAAUGAUACACAGACAAGAAUAUUUAUCACUAACCCAUUAUAAACUUCUGUAGCUGUAGCUGUAGUAUAUGUUACAUUUUUAACAUCUUUCAGGAAAGGACAGUGAUGCUUCCUCCACAUUAAAGCACAAAGCUGACAAAGGUGAUGCUUGAAAUGUCAUUUUUUAAAAAUAUUAACUUGAAGACUGUACAACGUAGCGGACCAAACCUGCUGAUAUUUGCAUGGUCUAGCUCCAGUACUGGACUACUACUGGUCAAACGUCAUGUUUAUUCUAAAGCUGCUUAUUGGAAGGUUUAAUAUUUAUUUAUUGUAUUUAGGACAGCAAAAUUAUUAAAUAAAGUUAUUUUUUCAUCAUAGCACAUCUUCCUGGGGAACUCGACCGCAAAUCAGUAGCUAGGGCGUUCUGGGAGAGUGAACUGUAUAAGGAGCUCCUGGAAUGGGAUCUUGUUGAGAAGUGGGCAUUUACCGUUGAGCCAAGCUCCGAUGAUUUCACUGGACCCAAAGAUGCUGCAGCUGAAUACAUUGUGCGAAGCAGGGCGGCAUCAAUGUAUAGUCAUGAAUGCCAUGAAGGAUGUAAGAACAAAGGUGAACAUUUUUUCAAUCAUUAUUAUGAUGACUAUUAUCAGCAGUGGCCAGAUUGAUCUAGCCUAGGCCAGACAAGAGGAAAAGCUCUUUCAAGCGCUGCACAAACCUUACACUUAAAUGGUGCUGCCUGGCAAUGGCAAUUUUUUUGACAACAGCUGGCUUGGAGCUGGGCUAUGUCCAGCUCCAAGCAAAAAUAUAGCAGACAAGUUUUAACGAAAUCAGAUAGACAGAUAUAAAUAAUUACCAUAGGUACCGUCAUCAUAAAUUAUCUAUUAAUCAUUGUAUUUGGCUGCAUCAAGGCACACUUUUGCCUAUGUCAUUUUCCAUGUUACUUUUUUAACUAAAGAACCACCAUUUUGUUGGAAAUACACUUCAUCAUGCCCACAGUGGCACAUCUACGGAGAGAGACACCACCUUAUUUUUAGACAAAACUGAAGCCUACGGGGCCUACAACAAUAAUUUAAAGGCUGCACCCUCUCUUAUCUUAGGGUCUGGAUAAGCAGGACCCCUCACUUUCUUGAAGAUAUAAAUCUGCCACUGCCCCAAAUACUUUUGACAUAUUCAUAACUAAGGAAUCACAUUAGAGUUUUUGUACCCUAGAAAUCCUUUCUCAAGUAGACCUCUUAACACCAAUAAACUGAUAUCUGCAUGCACGGAUGCCCUUUUCUAUUCACUUUACCUUAGGAUGUGGAAAGCUGUAUGUUCUAGAUGGAAACUGGAAGUUAUGUUAUGCACACUGUAUGUUCCCAGUCUCGAUAAGCAUACCAGGUUACGAAACCGAAAUCAACUACCCAAAUAUCUGCCCAAGAAGUCCAGAGUACCAGUCUGCGUUCUGCGAUAGACAUUGUCAGGUUGUAAAGCAGAAAGGAAUACCAACUGAAUUAAGAACGUUUCUGGAUUACUGCAGGAAUAAAAAACAAGGUAACUGAAUUUCCCCUUCUUUCAAGGUCAAAAACAAAAAAGAUACCACUAUUGUAACUUGACAAGCAACAACAAGUACCUAUUGGUCCUAUUGGACAAUGUUGUGGAUGGUCUCAGUGACCGUAAUGUCGCCUUUAGACAUCGAUAGCUAAAUGAAACCAUUUUAAUAUAAAAGUGCAUUGACUGAUGAUGAUGAUGAAGUUGACGGUUGCGUUGCUCCGUUGCCGGUGAUCUAUCCCUCCUGCCACGCGACUGAGCGCCUUUCCGCCCGCAUCCACGUCACGUAAGUUAGUGUCAUUUGUGAAGCUUCACAAGCGGAAAGCGCGAAUCGUAUUACUACUGAGAAGAAGCACGUGUUUCAUGCAGUAACAUGAAGAUGAAGUGUUCAAAAAGACAUUUUGAUAGAACUUAUUUUUCUAGGAGAUUAAAAUUACAUUAUAUUACAUUUACAUUUUACAGACCCUGAAAAUGUACUGAAAGAUAUUGAAAGCCCUGGUCACAGUGUUUCCGAAUUAACAGAAAAUGCAGCCGUAUACCAAGGUGUGUACAUGAGGUUUAAUGUUUAGGGAAGUAUUACAACCGCGGACGCCUUUUUAGCACGUACAAGUCUAGUGUUUUUCUCGUAGUAAGCGAUUCACUAUAACCACGGAUAAUUUUGUUGUGUGUGUACAGUGUUUUCCCAGUCCCUCGUGGUCAAUUUAUGUGACGUGACCGCGCGGAAUAAUGGGACUUAGGGACUACACAACUGUGUGUGUAGUUCAUUAUUUUAAAUUUAAAUUUUAAGAGCCGUUAAAAGAUAUUUUCUCUCGGUAUAGUUCUGGCCCUGAGGAAGGCUAAUUUUGUUAGCCGAAAUAUUGGCCUAUAAUAACUCAGCCCUUUGCCGUAGUGCCAGCCCUACAUUGAGUUUUGUUUUAUUUCACACUUCAAGUGACGUCUGGCUACUGCAACUCUUUUUUUAGAGAUCCGGCAAGAGGAACCGGUCAGUUAUAUUUACGCGUUGCGUGGACCUCUGCAUUCAAACAGUUUUUCCUGAGUGUGUACGUUAUAUGUGGGUUCAUCACAAAUAAUGUCACAACGAUAGCCCAGUCUAAAAAAAAGUACCUUUCAAUUGAUUGCGAGAAGACGUUUUUCGCUUGGUCGCUUUGCUACAUUUUGAUUGAUUAGCAAAUUUCGCGCAAAUUUAUUGACGGGUUAUGUGUUAAAACAAACUACUAGUCACUUAGUCAAAUUCUGGAUCGAUCGAUGCGCUGUUUUCGUGUUGCAGUAGACAACAAUAAUAGUAGUUACCGGUGUUAAAUUGAAGAGACACUUAAUAAUAAUAAUAUCAUUGUUAUUAUUAUUAUUAUUAUUAUUAUUAUUAUUAUUGAAAACUACUCUAUAUGUUGUCACAUUAUUGGUUUAAGGUACCAGAUCAUUCAUGGCUGCAAAUAUGACACUGCUGAAAGAUUGCGAAGAAGAGGUUCCGGUGCAAUGUAAUAAGGACACCGUCGGUAAGAGGCGUCUCCAGAAGUGGUCAAGAGGAAUUUUUCUGAUAGCCACAGCUGGUGGGCACAUAGACUUUUGGCAGCCAUUAUACAAGUAAGAAUGUGAACAUCAGUAGGUUUUUACAAGUAACGGCAUACAAAUACCUAACUGACUAAGCAAAAUUCCGCGGAAUUCCAAUGGUUGAUAUUUUUGCAAGCUUUCUUCGCUGUGCUGUAUUUUGAUAAGGGGUUGCACUUAGCAAUUUUUUUUAAUUACCUUUUCCUGCGAGGUGGAAAUUGCUCUUUUCAAACCAGUUAGGCAAAAAAUUAAGAAAUAAGGAGAAACAGUUUGAGGGAUAAAAUAAAUAAGCAAAGAAUUCCCAUCCCAUGAAAUUCAACGGUAUUUUUAAUGGCUUACUGUUGACCAUUUCCAAUAGAAGCAUUUACUUAUUAAGGAUUUGGCAUCUUGGUUAAGGAUCAACAUUACAUAUGAGUCAAGUGACCGUUCGCUAAAGUAGAGUAAAUAACAAUUAUUAUUAAACAACUACACGUUUACUACAUAAACAAAACGUUUAGAAAAGUAUGCUGUACGUUAACGUUUAAGAAAUAUCUUACCCUUAAAAGUUACUGAAAUGUAUUUGACUGGGACAGAUACUUUUGUUCUACAGGUCCGAGUCACCAUCACAAGCAUUUCUUAUAACCAUUGUUUGGAUGUACAAUAAAUUUAAACAAAUGAAGGAAAGUGGAAAGAGUGACCAAGAAGUACUGAAGGCCAUGGAAGAGACUGUAUUGGCAUAUGAUAACAUGUGUCAUCUUGAUUCCCUUCGUGCCGCCAAAAAAGAUUUACCUCUCCCACCCCCAUUCAACAAGAUGUGGACGACUGUUGAAAAAGUCAUUGAUCAGCUGCACUUGAAAAAUCACAAAGAUCCGUCAUGCAAAGUUAAUUACGAUCCUGAUCAUAUACUAUCGAAGUCCUUCAACACAAUGGCAGCCGAACAAGUCAAUGUUUGGGCCAGCAGGCUAAAAAGAAUUAUGGUGGCUUUGCCCUACGUCCACCAUAUGUUCUUUUUUCACAGAAUGGUUAAGAGGCGAAACGCAUACUCACAGUUUUGUUACAGCACUGGCAGACAGCCAGUUGUACCCAAAUGUGCUAAAAAGUGGUUUGAACGAAGUUAGGGAUACUUUAACUGAUGCUAAAAUAAACCCGUACUCAGGGUUCCUACAGGGUUUUGGAUCCAAAAGUCACGAAUUAUUCCCGAUGUUUUUCCAAAACAAUAAUUUCCCUCUCCAGACUCAAAGUUAUCUAAUAGGGGAUCGGUAGACUGAACCUCGACAAACGUAGGAUCCACCCAUUUCGCAUGAUACACUGCAGACAUGCAGUAACCACAGUGACGGCAAUUGCGGACAUAAGAAAAUUCUGAAACUUUUCAUUCUUUGAAAUAGGAAUGUUUUGGUUACAGACAAGAUUAAAUUUAGAAAAAAACGCAUUUCAUUUCUACAGACUUUUUUCCAAGUCUGGAAAAGUGCUUCGCAGAUUCAAGACUGUACGAACCCUGUGCACCAAAACCUUGCCUGUCGUCGAAGUAUGAAAAGACCACCAAUAACUAGAAAAGUCAUCAACAAAUGUAAAACUCAAUUAAACUACAUUUCAGUAUGAUGUAAAGUAAAAACCCGCUUAAAGGAGCAUAAAGGUUAAGAACCUGUUAGGCUAAAAUUUUCAUGUUAAACCCCCUUUUCAUAACAACCUAUUUAGUCUAAAAUUUUCAAUAGGCUCUAAUUUUACAAAAUGAAGGGUCAGAUGCAUGAUGAUCGCAUCAAACCCCAAGCGCUUGAGGGCUAUACAUUUUACACCUGCAUGAUUGGACACUGAUUUACUGCCUGUUCAUCACAAAAUGUAAACUGUAUUCUAGAAAUUAAUUAAUACAGCAAUAUAUUCCAUAUCACUGACAUAUGCCCUGUAGUAGUUAUCUGACCUGAUCGCUAGUGCCCCUAUCAAUUAGGCUAAUUAACUGGAAAAAUCUACGUUCUCAUACGCGGGUUUUUACUGUACCUUGAAAAGAUUUAUCAGCCUUUAGUUAUGUUAGAGAGUGGGAACCUUAUCAUACCCUGGUUUUUGGUACCAAGAUGAUAGGCACCUGAAGAUAUCCCGGUUUUUGUCUACGGGUAUCAGUAGCGCCAUUUUGAAUUCAUUGUAUGACGACGUCAUUACCUGCUACAAGUGAAGAAUACCCGUUUAUUCGCGAUGGUCCACAGGUUAUAACUGGACAUGGCUAAACGGGUGACCUAUUGCUGCAAUCUAUUUGCUUUAUCUGUCAAGAAAAUCAAAUUAUCUGACUUGUAGAACUGCUUAACCGAGGAGAGUUUUGCUGUCAAUAUUAACUUCCGUGCGCAAAAAAAUAGUGUUUUUAACAAAAUUAUAAAAAACACUCAUGUCUAUAGCUAUAAUUGUCUACAAGUUUCAGUAAUACACCUUGAGUUUAUGUCAGAUGCCUUUGCUGGAAUGUUUUGUGCGUAAAACGAGCGUGGAAAGAAUAUAACUACAACUAAACUAAGUCAGUUAUUACAUAGUAAGGAAAGCUUAGCCUUACAAGGUUUAAUUGUUUCAGCCUUUUCAGUCACAGUGUAACCGGUGUACCGUUCCUCAGAGUAGCGGGUACCGCCACUGGUGAUCUUACCCGUACCGGAAACCAGGAUAUCCUGAGGCCUUAGACCCACUACCCAAAACCACCCAACGUCGCUAACGCAACCGAUGUACUUGGAUCUACUUGCGCGAUCGUUUGCCUGAAAAUGGAUAAAUAAAUUAUAUCAUUGUGGUUUCUGUCCCUGUGUUAAUGUAAAGUACAUGUCAAGAUGUCAAGCUAAUGACUUAAGCUUAAAAUUAUGAAAAAGUGAUAAACAAUGCGCAAAAAAAGGAGAUGAAAUUACAAUGCGGUCUGAUACAG